GGUUUGCGCGGCGUCUGGGUGCCUGGCCGCCGCCUCUACGCCGUCCCGCGGGCCGGGCAUGGGCGCCGGCGCCGGCACCAUGAGUGUCCUGGGCAGCCCUGUCCGCGCCUACGACUUUCUGCUCAAAUUCCUGUUGGUGGGCGAUAGCGACGUGGGCAAAGGCGAGAUCCUGGCGAGUCUGCAAGACGGCGCGGCCGAGUCCCCAUACGGCCACCCGGCGGGCAUCGACUACAAGACCACCACCAUCCUGCUGGACGGGCGGCGCGUGAAGCUGCAGCUCUGGGACACGUCCGGGCAGGGGAGGUUCUGCACCAUCUUCCGCUCCUACUCGCGGGGCGCACAGGGCGUGAUCCUGGUCUACGACAUCGCGAACCGCUGGUCCUUCGACGGCAUCGACCGCUGGAUCAAGGAGAUCGACGAGCACGCCCCCGGCGUCCCUAAGAUCCUGGUGGGGAACCGCCUGCACCUGGCCUUCAGGCGGCAGGUGCCCACGGAGCAGGCGCAGGCCUACGCGGAGCGGCUGGGCGUGACCUUCUUCGAGGUCAGCCCUCUGUGCAACUUCAACGUCACCGAGUCCUUCACGGAGCUGGCCAGGACCGUGCUGCUGCGGCACGGGAUGGACCGGCUCUGGCGGCCGAGCAAGGUGCUGAGCCUGCAGGACCUGUGCUGCCGCGCGGUGGUGUCCUGCACGCCCGUGCACCUGGUGGACAAGCUCCCGCUGCCCUUGGCCCUGAGGAGCCACCUCAAGUCCUUCUCCAUGGCCAGCGGCCUGAACGCCAGGAUGAUGCACGGCCGGUCCUACUCGGUGGCCGCCGGCCCCGCCCACAAGAGGAGCAGCCUCCGCAAAGGCAAGGCCGCCCGGCCGCCCCAGAGCCCGCCCAAGCGCGGCAGCAGGAACAGCUGCAAAGUCUCCUAAGGAAGGAGGAAGGCUCAGGAGGGGCGCCUGCCGGACCCCCGGACCCCCCGGGAGAGGGCGCCCCGGGGCUGGGAGGCCGUUCCAGGUCCGAGAGGCGCCGGCCCACCCCGCACGGCGACCGUGCCGCUCUGCGCGGCGAACGCCCGGCCCACGGUUCGCCUCCGCCGUUUCCACGUGGGUGUGCAUGAAGCUGUCGUGUUAGUCGUGUGUCUACCACGGGGGCGUCGGUCCUCCGAGUGUUACCUACCCCACGAUUGCGGUGCAGCUUUUCCCUCGAGAUAACUGCUCCUACGCGAAGGGCGGGGUGCGGGCGCGGCGUGCACCGCCAGGGGCCUCGGACAGCAGCGCCGGGGGAGUCCGAGUCCGCGCCGGGGGAGGGGCCUCUCCCCGACCCUGCUCUCCACUCUUGUCCGAGCCCUGACGUGUACACGCCGCCCACGCCCAGCGCCCCGCCCAGCUCCUUACAAAAGGGUUUGAUAAAACUUUUUGCUAUGUUAUUUACUACGUUUGGGGAUUAAUAAGUGAUUUAUAUGCAUAUUUUUCUGUAAAUCUACAUUUUUUGUAUAAAAUACCCCACGAGUUAUGAAGCUAAGAAACGAAAAUGCCAAAGAUACCUCGAGUUCCACCGGACCGAGCCAGGGCGGCGCAGGCCAGAGCCAGGGCGGCGCAGGCCAGAGCCAGGGCGGCGGAGGUCGGAGCCAGGGCGGCCGGCGGUGCAGGCAGAGCGCGCCCCCUCGCGGCAGAGGAUGCCGCUCGGCCGGGGCGCGUGUGCCCGGUUCGCGGCGGGGUCGCUGGCGGGUCCUCUCCGACUGUGUGUGCUUCACAGCCCUUCCCUUCAUUCUCCCCCUCGCCUGUCCCUGGCGCCCCGCGUCAGCGCUGGUCCGCUGCGCUGGCGACUGGCCUCACUCCUGAGCGGUGUCAUCUGUUGAAAAAGGUUCCUUUUCCCGGAAAGAAACGUAGAGGCAGGCAGCGGGGAGUACGGUUAACCCUUGAGCAGCGCGGGGUCAGCGGGGCCGGCCUCCUGUGCAGUCGAAAACCCCGUAUAACCGCAGCCAGCCCGAUGCACACGUGGGUCCCCACCACGGGGGCCCGUGAGCGACUGGUCCACGGGACGCAGCACGUGACCCGUGCCGCUGGAGCCCGCCGAGUCCCAGGGCCGCCGUGUGCCGAGGUCGCCGGUCUGAGAAACGCCGACAGGUGCCCUGCAGCCCCCUGGUGCCUGGCAGACGGUGGCGGCCACGCCCCCAACAGACGGGUCCCUAUCUGCGACCGCAAGUGAUGGGAAGAACCCCGCAGGGUCUCUCGCGCCUGGCGUACCUGCUUGCUGUCUCUCUGCGGCAGCUGGAGGUGGGAAGGAAGGACUCAGAGAAUAACUUGAGAUGAGAAAAUGCCCGGAUGUCCUCAGUUUCUGUUAAUAGUUUAUAGAUUUUUAGGAAUUUAAGGGACCCUAGAAUGGGAAGCAGCAACACACCUUCAUUCAGGCCCAGAAAGGGGCAAUGAGCAUGGCCACCCACGGCCACUGAAGGCCUGAAGCCAGACAGGACGGGACAAAUGUCCACAGGGGAGCGGGCGAGUGGACAGCAGGGGACAAUGCCCCUCAGGGAGCUGCUGGCCUGUGAGGACACCCUGCUGGGGCCGUGCCACCCUUCUGUGCUGGGCAGUGGGCGGAGAGAGAGAAGGGCUGACCCACCGACCACGAACGCUGGGACAGGCGAGGGGGGCGUCUCUGCCCCACCUGCAACCAGGAGAGGCAGGGCGAGGUCCGGGCGGAAGGAGCCUCUCCCCGCUCUGAAGAGCCCGAGUCUCAGAACCGCAGGGAAGCGGGGUGUGGAACCCACAGAUGGCAGCAGCUACUGGGGACGGUCCCCCGGCUGCAAGGUCGAACUGGGCCAAACGGCGUUCUUUCCCCCCUUCCGUGUCCUUCUUGUUUUCUUAAUUGAAGGUGACCCGGGAUGACCCCUGGUGUCCUAGCAGGACCAUAAUGAAGUUCCCGUGGCCUCUGUGGCAGGCAAUCUCACAGAGCACGCCGGCUGCCUAGAGGCCCCAGUCUUCCGCAGACAAGGCCACCGGGGGUCACCAGGGCUGGGAGAGGCGGGAGGGAACUCCCUCCACCCCGGCAACUCUGGAGGGAGCAAGGCCCUGCCCACACCUGGAUUUCGGACGCUGGCCUGCAGAGUUGGGAGAUGACAAAGUUAGGACACUCAUAUGACACGGGAGAAAGUGCCUCAGCAGAUCAAAGUGGCAUUUGUGUGAAAUAAAAACAAUACACCCCUAACACAGGAUGUGCUAAGUAGAAGCAUGCAUGUUUUGGUGGUAAAUAUACAGAAAAUAUCAUUAAAAUGUAAACUG